UGAGAUUUUGAUUGGUUGUCUCUCAGCCUACACUAUGAUGGAAGAAAAUGCAGCUGGUCAUGAUAACUGCAUGCAGAGAGACCAGGGUUUCUUGGCAAACUCUAACAUGGGAGAAUCAGAAGCUGAUAGCCAGACAUUUCAGAUGCUUAUUCCAAAAAAAGAGGAGAAGCAACAUGGAGUUAGACUGCUCACACAUAAGAGCGACUUCACGCAGCCACAACAAUGCAAUCACACAAUGCCUGAAGCUGUGUGAAGCAGCCAUCACCAUGAUGAUUAUUUUUGCCAACCAGUCUGAAAAUGGACAAGUGCUCCAUGUUAUUCCUUCAACAUUGCCAGGUCUGGCACAAGUGAUUAUUCCCCAAGACCAGCUUUUGGAUGUCACCAGCUCUCAAGAAGAGAAAAAUGGUAAUGAGGAUUUGCAGACAGUGACUUUGGCUACUAUAGCAGACAGUACAAGCAAUUACAUACUUCAGCCUCAAGUAUCUUUCACAUUGCUAAAGAAGGCAGCCACCAGGUUCCUGGGUCAUUGCAGGAACCCUUGUAGGUGGUGGAAUGCUAGAAGGCAUUGGAGUUGAGUUCCAGCCCCUGAGGCUGUGCUUGGGGUUCUCUUUGGAAGAAGAAUGGAAUGCGGACAACCCUGAGAGUCCACUGGAUUGGUUCUGUGACCGUUGGCUCUCAUCCUGUAAAAAGAAGAAUGCCGCAGGUGGAGUAAUCUCAGGCCUCCAGGGUACUGACUCCAGAAAACUGCUCAUCAUGACUACCCAGCCCUGGAAAAAGCAACUGCUCACUACAAAGCUAUUUCUGCGCCCUUGGCUUAAUUACGGGACAGAAGAUGGUGGAAAAGGGAAAUCUAGGAAUUUCUUCAAGUUCAUUACCAACCUUAUCCGGAUGAUCAGAGUCUGCCGGUGUUUCCGACGUGGACUGAAGGGAUUCCAAGGAUAUCAACUGAUAGAGAAAGACGUCCGUGGGGAGAUUGAGGAAGAAAAGACAGGCUCGCACAUUGUAUUUGAGCAGCAUGAAUUCAUCGUUUCAAAGGAUCAUUUUCCUUUUAGAGCAAUCCAAAUAACCAGGAAGCCACCAGCAUGGAGGACUGAUCAUGAAGUGAGGCACUUAAAAAACCGCUUGCAGCUCCUGGAAAGUUUCCGACAAUACAGCCCAACUCUGCAAACUCUUCUGGCCAGAGUGGUUCGCUUUGAACAGUUUGGACGCAGGAGAGUGAUUAUCAAGAAGGGGCAAUCUGGGGACAGUUUCUACUUCAUCUAUUUUGGUACAGUUGCUAUCACUGAUGAUGAGGAUGGGACCAGCGCCUUUGUGCAGCCAUCUCCAACUCUAAUUCACAGAGGGGCCUGUUUUGGAGAAGUUGCCCUCUUACAAGGAACAAAAAGAUUGGCAACGGUUGUAUGUAUGGACGAAACAGAGCUACUGGUUGUGGAUAAGAAGGAUUUUUUCAAGUACAAACUAGACCAGGAACUUCAACGAGAAUCAAAAAUUCGGUUUGAUUUUUUGAGAACACUGGAUCUUUUCAAAACAUUGCCAGAUUCUUCAAUAGAGGACAUAAGUAACAUCUGCAAAGCUGAGCGGUCCCACUAUGGACAGGUGAUCACCAAUGAUCUUUCAGACUCCUCCAAUGUAGUACUGAUUUCGAAGGGCGUUUGUGAGGUUUUGCGACUGGUCGACCUCAGCACGUGUCCAUCUUAUCACCAGUGGCUCUCCAAGCAAAUGCGUUUUCCCAAGCGCAAACUACAGAUAAAAGAACGGCAGCGCUUGGCUGCUGCGAUAACUUGUGUGGACAGGUUUAAAAGCACCAUGUGGAGUCCCUGUGCUGAAUCUGGGCACAAACUGACUGAGUUGAAAGAACAUUAUACUCACCAGCCGAGCCAAGGCUACAGUAGAUACAAGAUGGGAAGUUACACCUCCAACAGGAGUCAAAAAAGUGUAGUGAUAGGAGUGGAUACGUGUGACAAGAGUUCAUUUAGUGAAGAACAACAUCAUCUUGGUGAGGAACAAGAGAUGGUUCAAAAUAUUAUAUCAGGAAGAGAAUUUGAAAAGGAUUUAAUGUACACCACAUCUUAUGGAGAGAUGCCAGUUUCUGUUUCAGCGGCAGUAUACAUGAGAAUGGAUCAGUUGCAUAAAGGGGAGUACAUAGCCAACCUGCAAGAUAACCGCACAAUGAUUUUGGUCAGUAAAGGGGCUGAGAUAAUCCGUUUGAAAAAGGAGAAGAUUGAGGAAUUUUCCGAUGAUACCACAAGAGCAAGGCUAAACGAUAUGGCAACUAAAUAUCCCAGUGAUGAUGAGCUCUGCCAGGUCUUUCUCCGGCAUAAUUCCUGGGAAAUGUUUAAGAAAGAUCUAGUGAACCUUGUGUUGCAGCCCAAGCUCAUAAAGAUGGUCUAUCCCCCACACCCGUGCCCCACGGAUGAAACCUAUGCUUCAUGGCUCAUGAAUCGAUCAGGCAUCUUGGACCUCACUCUCCUGCGCAACACAAAAGAGCCUCCCCAAGAGAAAAUCAGAUAUGUUCCCACCCUCUUUGGCCGUGACAAAGAUAGCCUGCCGAUGAUUCACUCCAAAUUGAUUCAGCCAAAAUUGAUUCAUGGUAUCAAUGUCUUCCGUUCCAAUUUGGAUGGCGCAUUUUAGUGAGCUCCACAAGUUUUACAAGCCAUAGCAGCACCGAGACAUUCCUGAAAGGUCAGGGAGUCCUACUUGGUGAUUCAUACAAGUGUACAUACAUACUUAUAUUCAUUUUGUGCAAAUUUUGUUCCUUUUAUGUGUUGUUAUGCUAUUUCUCUCUUUUUCUUUACAAUAGAUUUGUUUUGAAUUCUGAAACUGUUACGUCUUAUUUUCAAUAAUAGAUGUUUUCCUUUCAAAAUGCAGCAUAUGUGUGUGUAUAGUGCUUGUGUGUACACACACACAUCAAUAAAUUAUAUUU